AUGCGGCGGCUAGUAGGGUUUCUAGAGAAAGAGAAGUAUUACAUAUAUAUAUUGAUUCCUUCUCCUUUAUCAACUCUUCCCAGACGGAUCAAAUGGUGUAAAGAAGAUUUCUCUCCCGACGAAUGGCGUCGUGGAGUAGAUGUGAAAUGGGAUAUAGAUAAUUCUCCUAUCCGGAAAGAACUUGUUCAAUUUCAAGUGUCGAAACAACUUUUUGUCAAUGUUCAGAAAUCUUUGAGGGUUUUGGACCCAAGUCUUUAUAUCAGAUCUUUCGUGGGAUACGGCGACCUCAAGAGUAGAUCUACUGAGCCACAAAAAGUAUUGCUCGAGAACUCUGGUAUUGACUUUGUUCAAGUUGACCCUCAAGAGAGACUAUCAUCUGCUGUAAAACAAUUCCAGAAAGAAAAAGCCAAUGCCGAACAAUUUGCUCUUGCUAAUCCAUCAAAUAAAACCCAAUUAGCCCUGGCCAAACAGUUUUUGGCCCAAUACUUUACGGCUUUGGGCAUUCAAGCCCCCGUCCAACCAGCCCCAAACCCUCAGCCUCUACCCGGACUGCGCCCCAACCAACCUGCCCUUAACGCUCAGGCUCCGCCUAUAUUCCUCGGGCCAUGCGUCUGGCCCAACAGGUCUAUAACCCAGCCCAAUACAGUACGGCCCAAAUCAGCAUGGCCCAAAACAGCAGAACCCAAAACGCACUACCCAAUUCAGAAGAGAAAGUUUAAUGUCCUACUUUCUAAAAUGCGCUUAACCAAGCCGGAGCUUGUCAAUGCUGUCACUGAUCAUUGUAUUUGGACGGGGAUGCAGGGUGGAAAUUGGUCGAAGUGA